CUGUGAUGAUGUCGCAGUCAACGAGUCUUCCCCUUCAAGAGGAAGAUGGCGGCGGCAGAAGGCAGUGGAAGCGGUCAUGACAAGGAGUUGGAAGAACUGUUAGAUAACGCACUACACGAUUUUGACAAAAAUGCAGCCCAGGCGCAAGCUGCAGAACCAGAAACCCCAAAUUCUCCAGAGCUUGUAGGAGAUGCGUCAGGUGGCCUUUUUGCUUCACAGGAGAAGUUCUUUCAUGAGCUCUUUGAUAGCGAAUUAGCUGCCCAAGCCACAAAGGAGUUUGAGAAGGCAAUGAAGGAACUGGCACAAGAGGAGCCGCAGUUGGUGGAACAGUUCCAGAAACUAUCGGAAGCUGCAAGCAAAGUUGGAAAUGACAGCUCAUCCCAGCAAGAAUUCACAUGCUGUCUGAAGGAAACCCUGAGUGGUUUGGCUCAAAAUGCAAAUGCUUUACAGAAUGCUGGCCUGGCAGAGGAGGAGCUAGUAAAAGCAAUGGAAGGACUUGGAACAGAUGAUGAAGCUGGUGAUGGAGGCAUUUUACCCAUCAUGCAGACCAUUAUGCAGAACCUUUUAUCAAAAGAUGUUUUGUACCCAUCGUUAAAGGAAAUCACAGAGAAGUAUCCUGAGUGGUUGACGUUGCACCGUGAUAACGUUCCUUCUGAGCAGUACCAGAAGUAUGAGCAACAACAUAGCAUCAUGGGUAAAAUAUGUCAAGAAUUUGAGGCAGAAACACCAACAGACAGUGAAGCCCAGCAGAAGGUCAGAUUUGAAGCCAUUUUAGACCUUAUGCAACAGCUCCAAGACCUUGGACAUCCUCCAAAGGAACUAGCUGGGGACUCUCUUCCUGGUUUGAAUUUUGACUUUGACGGAGUGCAGCUGUCAGACCCAGCAGCAGGUGGUGAUCAGUGCCUGAUAAUGUGAUGCUGCCAAGCCAGCCAGUUGGGAUCUACUGCUGUCUUCCAGACUGUUGCAGAUCGCCUCUUAUCCCAUUACACUCAAACUGAAGUUACUGAGGAUGAAAAUAAUGGGACAGAAUCAGCACCUUUAACAAAACAUGGAUGUGUGUGACUUUCCAUCAAAUCCUAGUUGUCACAUUGUGGGUGGUACAAGUUAGCUUCUCAAGUUCACGAGGGCUCCAGAGUCUGCAACAAGCCUUCCUAGAAGAGAAGGUGUUUCACUGAGGACAGACAUAGAGGUUCAUGUCUGACCUUUCACUAAUUAAAUAAUCUGUACAACUAAAUGAAAUUGGAACUUUACAGAAAAACUGUAUGAUCUUGUUUUUCUUAAGUAAGCGUACACAUGAAUUCAAAAUAUAGUACUUUUGAGGUUCUUUUCCUAUUACUGAACAGUGAUGGCUUUCUCAGUUGUCUUUUUCUGUGUGUAUAUACGUAGAAAAGAUUGUGCUGGUGCUAAGAAUUUCAGCAAUCUUCAGAAGUUCAGUGCAUGCCGUUUUCUUUUCCUUUUAUUAUUUUCAGUUUACCAACAAUAAACAGUGAGAUAUAACCAGAUGUCACUGACGCCUUAAGGCUUUUGAUGUUACAAUUAUAAGAUUUCAGUUCUUCUCCUGAUGAAUGUUUUUAAAUAUUUACAUGAUAGCAGGGUGGACUUUUUAAAUGAGUGGUGGUGCUCGGGCAGACACUCCUUUUCAUCUGUUAGCCUGAAUAACUUCACUGUACUGUUGCUUUAGUUGUUUCUUCCACACCUUUACCUUCACAGGAUGUCAAGUUAGUCUUGUAGUUUGAAUAUGAUUUUGCAGUGUAUAUAGAAAGUGGUCCUGUACCAGCACAUACAGAUUUUGUUUUAUUAAGUACUGCUUCAGUACCAUUCCUUGAAGUUUUAACGCAUGUUUUUCAUUAAAUGCAUAGUACUGGCCAUUGCGGUGCUGGGUAACAGAAAUGUGGCAAUGCAACACUUAAUACCCAAGUGCAUGUUCCUUUGUGUAAUGCAUCUUCACAGAUUCUGCACAUCUUGUAGCAGAGACCUGUCGUGCUCUUUGCCAUUGACAUAGUUUGUGUGUAUCUGGAAUGAUUACUAGCUGUGUUUGCCCAGCUUAUGUACUAGUCUGAGAUCCCAGCUUAAACUUGCAUUUGGCAUUAGGGAGCUUUAAUAAAGCUGGGUGCAUGACAAACUUGAGUCUUGUAUUCUAAAUGUUUGAGAACCAGAGCAAAAUACAUUUAAAAUACAAAUACAUCAAAGAGCACAGUGACAGUGCUGUCCUUCACACCAGAAGAUUAGUACUUUUAGAUAUUACUGUCACUGUCUGGUACUUAAUCAAAAUUUUCAUGUGUAUGACUAACUGACCUGUGCAUUUUUGAGAUCACAACUAACCGCUCUUAAAAAAAUUAAUAAAAUUUGAUGACUAAACUUU